AUGAGGGUAGCGUCAAAAAGGUGCCGCCUAUCCAAAGCUGACGCGGCCUUCGUUUGGCGACAGUUUAUCGACCUUGGCCGGUCUAACUGCAAGAAAAGCAAGCGAUACAGGUGCCGUCACUGCCAGAAGGAGUUUGCAGCGACCUCUGUUGGGAGGCCGAAAGAGCACCUCGCUACGUGUGACAAAUGGCAAGCUAAGCAGCGACAAGAGCGUCAAGCUCGAGAUAACGCCGGCUAUCUUCCCUCAUAUUCUGAAGCUGUACAAAAGAAGAUAACGGAGGUCGGAGUUCAGCAUAUCUCUCAGGACGAGAGCCGCAGUUUCGCCUAUGAUGCCGCCGCCGCUGUAAUCGCCGGUGGUCGCCCCUUCAGGCUGAAGGCUUCAGCCUCUUCGAGAGCCGUCGUUGGCGUUAUUUCUUCACUCGCAUUAAGCCUGGCUGGAAGCCUCCUAGCCGUGCCGUUAUCACGAGAAUUCUCCCCGAGUUCUAUCAGGAAAUCCAUGACGAGGUUUUCAAACGCAUCACUACGCGUUAUAACACCUGAACCCAAAUGUCUCUCCUCUUUACUCGAUUCAUACGGUCGGUAA